UGUAGCUAUGUGUAAACUGUGUUUUUAGCUGCAUUGACAACUGUCAGUGUUACUGUUUCCUACUUACAAAAAUGCAUCGCUAAAUCCUUCAAACUUUAUUCUGUUAUUCACGAAAUCAAACCACAUAUUUGUAGGUUUGAACAUUUGCCUUGUUUGCGCUAUCUCAGCGGAUUAACGUCAGCUAAGCCUGUCUGUGGUAACACUGUAAGUGAAAAGUUGAACUUGAGAAGAUUUCAGGCUGAGGAAGCUGCCAGAAAGAUGGAGGUGAGAGACUGUCUGAUUUCUGCUCCUGGAAAGGCGAUCCUCCACGGGGAGCAUGCUGUUGUUCACGGAAAGGUGGCUCUUGCUGUAAGUUUAAACCUGAGGACGUAUUUGAAGUUGAAAGCGAGGUCUGAUGGCAAAGUCUGCAUUAACCUGCCUAAUAUAGACACAUUUGUCUGCUGGGAAUUGUCCGAACUGAAACAGCUGACACCAUUUUUAAGUGAUAAAAAAGAAGAGAUGCAACGUCUGGAUGCUGAACUGGUGAAGAGACUGCGUGAAUUUAUUGGUGUGACCAAUGGAAAUUCAGACAGUAGUGCUUCAGCAAUUUUGGCCUUCCUUUACAUCUACCUGUCACUUUUUGGCUCAGGAGAUAUGCCCAGUCUGACGGUGUCUGUGUGGUCAGAGCUGCCGACCGGAGCAGGAUUGGGCUCAAGCGCUGCUUAUUCCGUGUGUUUAGCUGCAGCUUUCCUCUGUGCAACUGGAAACAUUCCCACUCCCCUCAAAGAGUGGGAGCAGACUGGCAGAUGGUGUCAGGAGGACCUAGAGCUCAUCAACAGUUGGGCUUUCCAAGGAGAGAAGAUCAUCCACGGAAAUCCCUCAGGAGUAGACAAUGCUGUAGGAACAUGGGGUGGUAUGCUGAGGUUUUUAGCUGGAAAGAUAAUACCACUGAGCAGGGUGCCGUUGUUGAGAAUCCUCCUCACUAACACCAAAGUACCACGGAGCACCAAGGUACUUGUUGCCAGGGUGAAGGACAAAAUUAACAAGUUUCCUUCCAUCAUGAUCCCUGUGCUGGAUUCGGUCGACGCCAUUUCCUGCACCUGUGAGAAAGUCCUCACAGAGAUGACAUGUGAGCCCAUCACAGGAGACCACUAUAACAUCUUAGAGGAGCUUAUUGACAUCAACCAACAUCAUCUGAAUGUGAUUGGUGUAGGACAUCCUUCUUUAGACACGUUGUGUCAGGUUACAGCGGCUAGAGGGCUUCACAGCAAGCUUACAGGAGCAGGUGGAGGAGGCUGUGGCAUCACACUCCUGAGACCAGAAACUGAUUCAAUGACUGUACAGGGGACAAUGAAGGACCUGAGGGACUGUGGCUAUGACUGCUGGGAAACAAGUAUUGGUGGACCAGGUUGCAGAAAGGAGGACAGCAGGCAUGUGCAGCCUCUCUGGAGGAUCUGGAUUAGCAUCACUGUACUGUGAAUAAACAACAAACAGCAUCCCUCCGAGUUACACAGACACACAACAGCUUUUCCAAAUUCUCCGCCACUUUAUUGCUCAUCCUGUUAAGCAUUGCAAAAUAUGCUGCAAAUAGCGUAGACGCAGCUGACGGAUCUGUCUGGAAUACUCCCCGAUUUGGGGAAAAGGUCACUGUGGGAGUGAAUAUCCAUUUCGUUUUUUUGUUCUUUCAAAUGUCAUGAAGAUUGAGAAGUCCAAAUCUGCCUGUGUAUGUGAAUAAAUGAC